AUGGUUACAGAUAAUCUAAAUAAAAAUUAUAAUCAAAUUUUUGAAGAACUGCUUUUGGAAAAGAAAAAUAAAUUUGAUAUUAGUGAUAUUUAUCAAAAGGUUAUUGAAAUUGUUGAAAUAGGAUGCAAAUUUGAUAAACCAAAGAUAGUAAUUCUAAAACCCGGUCCGGUACCAAAUUCCAAUAAAAAUGCAUAUGAGACAUGUGAUAUGUUUUUAAAUGAUAUAGCAAAUACAGGA